AUGGACAUGUACAUGAGGAGGAAAUGCCAAGAAUGUCGCCUAAGGAAGUGUAAACAGAUGGGCAUGCUUGCUGAAUGUAACAUUGCAGGCUUGCUAACAGAAAUUCAAUGUAAGUCAAAAAGACUUGUACGAAAAAACAUAAAACUCUCCUCCGAAAAAUCCUUCGAAGAAGAAUAUGAAGGACUUGAAUUAAAGCAAGUGACAUCUACCACAAAAACAAACAGGGUCAAAGCUGAACUUACACAAGAACAGAUACAACUGUUGCAGUAUGUGAUGGAAUCGUAUAAUAAACAUCGACUGCCGCAAGACUUGACUUCUAAAUUGAUACAGGAUAACUUGAGCACAGAUGACAACUUUGUUUUUCUGACAAAUAUGGCUACAAAUCAUGUUCAGAUUUUGGUGGAGUUUACAAAGAAAAUUCCAGGUUUUCAAACAUUAGAUCAUGAAGAUCAGAUUGCUUUACUGAAAGGCUCUGCGGUUGAAGCUAUGUUUCUUCGUUCUGCUGAGUUCUUCAAUAAGAAAUUAAUCAAUAGCCACACUGAGGUCCUUGAAGAGAGAAUUCGGAAUAGUGGUAUAUCUCUUGAAUACAUUAAUCCCAUGUUUAGUUUUUAUAAGAGUCUCGGGGAGCUGAAGAUGACUGAGGAAGAGUAUGCAUUGCUCACUGCAGUUGUGAUUCUCACACCAGAUCGUCAGUUCCUUAGGGACAAAGAAUCAGUGGAAAAGCUUCAAGAGUCUUUCCUGCACAUUUUGGAAAAGCUCUGCAAGCAAAAUCACCCCAACAACCCUCAACAAUUUGCUCGGCUUUUGGGGCGCCUCACUGAACUACGAACAUUUAGCCAUCACCAUACCGACAUGGUAAUGUCAUGGAGAGUCAGUGACCACAAAUUUACACCCCUCCUAUGUGAAAUCUGGGAUGUCCAAUAA